GGCCGGAAAGAAAAUCCUAUGAGACCGGGUCUUUUUUUCCUAUGAGAAAAUCCUAUGAUUCUCUCCCCAUUCUCACCGCGUCUCUGCCGCCGCCGCCGCGCGCUGAGAUGCCAAUUCUCCGCCCGAUUCUUCGUCUCCUCCGACGACCUGGCGUCGACACCUCUCAUGACCGAAUGCGCCGCCUCUCCUCUACCUCGCGAUCUCUUCUCUCUUUCAUGGCCUCUGCUCCACCUUGCCGGUCGCCACCAGCGCUUGCAUGACGAGUUCCCCCUCUCAUGCUGGCCCCCGAUCCAGCUGCCCGUCGUGUUUCCCGAUUUCCUCCUGAAUUUCGGAGCAUGGCCAGCACCGGUGGAUUCAAAGCUGACGAGUCUGGUGAGCCAGGCAAGGGAUUGCCCAUCUCUUCUGCCAACGAUCACUCUGCCAUCAGCCAAGGCAUGGAAAACGGUGGCACAACCUUGGAGGUUAUAGAUGUUGUAGCUGGCAAACAUGAUGCAUUGGGAAAACUUGGGGACAUCUAUGGUUGUGAAGCAACUAGGAGCACAACCAAGGAUAGAAAGAGGGCUGACAAAAAAGGUCGUGUGAUUCCCAUGGAAAUACUUCCAGAAAGCAGACACCGUGAUCGUUCUUUGUUCAGGGGCGCUCAGUGCUGGAAAGUGGAGUAUCAUGUUGCCGACCGUAAUGAGACUCGGUUGGCAGAUCCGACAGAUUGUGUCAUCCGCAAUGGAAAAUGCACGCGGCAUGAACCCAAUCGUGUGUUACAAUUUUUCUCAGUAAAGCUGGCUGAACUUACUGUGGGUGUUGGCUCAGUAGAGUUGUAUGGAUACAUAGUAGUGCGGGAUGGUCUGGAUCCAUUGCUUAAUUACGUUGUCAAUAUAAGCAGGGACGAUCCCAUCAUCGUGGAGCAGGGUUCUCUCGUCAACAUGGUUGGCCCUAAGCGAGGGAUAGAUAUGUAUUCCACUAUUCUACUGGAAUAUGACAUGAGGAUCAAGGCAGGCAAAGUAGAAGAUGAUGAUCACCAGCUGAUUGAUGGUGUAUCAGCACUAAGCGACCUGCAGGGCACAUGGAAUCGUGCAUUCAGAAAACGCAUCCAUGGCGAUUGCGGCACGGUUGACUUAGUUUUAGCACGUAUCCAUGAUGCGGUCCUGGCGAAUGUGGAAGUUGUCAUAUCAGAGGUGCAGAACAGUUUCAAUCUGCGUCUCCGGUGUUUCAUUGGUGGUUAUAAAAAGGAAAUCCGGCUUUUCGAUGGCGCCAUUGGCGAGUCACGUGGCUUAAAGAGGUCUGUGGUUGCUGUGGUGGAUGGUUCCACUAUGGAUUUGAAGUUCGAGGUUGCCUCGGAGCCAUCCUGCUCAGCGGAGCACCGUUGUUCCUUCACGGCGGACACGCAUGGGCUUGCUACUCGAGAGAUAAAGACUGAGUUUGGGUUGAUCUCAGUGAAGGUGGCUUGGUCGAGUCUGCUUUCUAACUAGCAGGCUUAUUGCAAGUGCUUGAAUAAAGUUUGUCGAAAUGUUGUGUCUGAGGAAUGGACCAAAACCUGGUCGGCAGUUUACAGUGAGUUCUGGUUAAUAACAUGUUUCACUACUACUUACCUGACAAUCAUAGCCAUUCAGGGUGCACUGUUUCUAGUAUCUGUACAUAGUGCUGUUCUUGCUCAGUAAAUCCGCUUGGUGAACUAGGACUUGGGCUACGACCAGCCCUGCCCAGUCCAGCUCCAAACCCCGUAUUUCCUCCGAUGAUUGUUGCUCAUUAGUCUUAAUUAAUUGCCUCUGGGCCAAGGGUGUUUUCCUGACCGCUAUUUCAAAAUUGUACAUGAAACCUUAGCUUCAUACGGCUUCUCUAUGAUCAGAAAAAGAAAAGGACUGUUUUGUUUCGGUACAAGCCCCUGGACCGUAGAUAGAAUAGAAUUAGGUAAAAUAAAAUAGAUCGGAAAGUCCUAAAUUAGACCCAAGGAAUUCCAUCUUCUAUAGAAUAAGAAAAGGCACUUCCAAAUGAUUAGCACGUGCAUUCCAAACAUCAUCUCGUCCCACUACACAUAUAAAUGGGUGCUAUGUAACUAUGUCUUUUAUGACUUCAAACUUUGUUAUCAUGAGAACUAUGUAAACAUAGCAUCUUGUUUGGUGACAUUUCUAAUGGCUUGCGUUAUUAUUUUUGUACAUCUGUGGAGGUUAAAGAAUUAUCAGAAUCGCACGAUCUUUGCAUUAGUGGGACUGCUUUGAAAUGCUACAAAGGACUGAGGCUGUUCUUCAAGUCAUCUCUCAUCUGAAGGUUUUUGCACGUGUUGCUUAAGAACAGAAAGAAUCUGUACUAAUAACAUUUAAGACCGUUGGGAGGAUGACAAUGAACCGUGGAGAUGGAACCAAUGAUGUUGGUGCACGGAAACAGG